UGAACGUUUAAGACGCUAUAGGUCCAAAACAUAAUAGUUUAAAAAGCAUAGAAAUGUUCCUCACCACUCUUCUAUGGUUUUUGAGCGUCCAAGAAAAUAAAGCGCAGGAAGACAAUAUGAGUAAAUAUGUGAAUCUAAGUCUCGACAAUUAUACUUCUUGUGAUCAAUUCGUGGCAAACACUACAUUUGAUCCCAAAAGUGUAAUAGACAUUGACUGGAAGAUCUUCUAUUUCUGGACUCCGAAUUUUGAAGAGAGUUAUAACAUCAAGUUUAGUUUGGCUUCUGAAGUGCUUGUAGACCGAUUCCGUGUGGAGUUGGACAGCGAAAUUAAACCUCCUGUGAACUGGAACGACUCCAUACUCUUCAUGGAGACCUCCAUCGACUUCAGUGCCUUGCUCCUCAAGACCAAUGUCUCAGGGAUCGUCAGACUCAUCCCUUCUCUUGCUUUUGAGUAUCCUGGCGUCCCUCUACUGUUAUUUGGUUUAAAAAUAGUGAAGCCUGGUUACCUGGGCUUCCUCAGUUGCAAAUACAAACUUUGCUAUGCGCUCGCGCCGGUUGACAAAAUGCCCGAUCAUGAAUCUUUGACCGAAGAAGCUCAAAAGCUUGGAUUCUGGAGUGACUUCGGUAGAACGCACACGCAGAUUAUUCCUCCCCUCCCUACCUUACCCCCGGAGCCCUACAACAAGGAUGAUGAUGAUGAAGACGAGAGCAUGGACAUGUUGCACGACUAUGUACUACUUUAAGACUAACUUAGAUAUCAUUAUAAUAAAAUUAUAUCUGUU